UUCUUCAAAUUAGGUAAUUUUCAAAAUCCGAGCAGUGACAUAAUGAAGGUGAACCUAAAGAUAGUCUAUCUCCAGGAUGGAAGGAUCCAGCAACUCGCUUCUCUUCGUCAUGUUUCUUUAGGCACAUCAGCUGAGAAUCCAACAUUACAGGAUCUAGGCGAAGUUGCUCGUGAUGCCAUCCAAGGGUUUUCACACACCCAUCUGUUUGGAUACAGUGAUUCCUCAUUGUCAUCAUUCAAUUUGAGUUUGAAUGGGAGAACACCAAUUAGUGACUCUGAGGACACUUCAUUAUCCACCCUUGGGAUCGUCCCCGGUGACCUUGUCUAUGUUGUCUUGUCUUCUCCUUCUGCCCAAGUUCUUCACCUUUUGGGCCAGGAAAAAGAAAAAGGCAAGAAAGAGGUGAUGCCGACAUCAGUUUGUAGCUCAGGGAGCUCAGCCAUAUUGACUUCUACCCUGACUAGCAGUGAGACAAGUCCCAGCAUAACAGGUGUCUCAGCUACCCUUGGGAAAGGAACAAGCAUUGGCCCUGAUGUUCCCUCUUCCACUGUUGAUUCCUCAAUGGAAUUUAAUUCCAGUCCUCCUAGGAUAGGCAGGUUCAGCCUAAUUGACUGUGGCACCAAAAGGUGUUUUCAAGAGAAGGUUUUGAUGUUUGGUGAAGAAAGGUUGAGGUACAUGGAUGAACCACUGACGGUGGGUGAGAGCACAGAGACGCACAUCCCUGAGUCGUUGCAGAAUUGCCUAGAGGAAGGAUUGAGAAGACAGGGGGACCUGACCAUAGUAGAUGUGUUUUUCAUCCUACUCCAUGUCAUGAUGACAGAAAGCUGUUUCCUUCCCUUGAGUGAAUCAGGUAAAUCUCAAGGGAACCUCCUUCCAGCAUCAUGGAAGCAGCCAAAUGUUUACUGCAUUUCCUACAUUCAUCCCACUGCAAGGAACAUUCGUUGUGAACUCAUAGCGCUCACACUUGCCAAGACUUUCAUUGUUCAUGGGCUGUGCUUGAAAGAUGUGGAGAUACUGUUCACAUGUUCCUUCGAUCCAUCCCAAUAUGUUAUGUCAUUUGAGCAGACCUCCCAAAAGGGAUCCUGGACUGAUGCAAGAAUGUAUAAGAACCUCAACCUCCUAUCAGUCAUAUUCAAGGAUAAGGUGUCGUAUCCCCUCCUGCAGAGUGUCUGGGCUGCAUCAGGUCAAAGUCCCCCAGCUGGAUUGCUGGGCCUGCCCAUGGAGAUCCUUUUCAAAAUCUUCUCUUUCUCCAAUAUUCACUCUCUUCUUGGGCUUUCUGAGACAUGCAAGCUCCUCUGGGAUGUGGCCAAUGAUGACCUCCUCUGGAAGCGGCUCUGUGUCAGGGAUUUCCCACGAGAUGCAUGUGGAACGAUGGGAGAACUGGAAGCCAAGCGAGGUGGGAAACUGUCAUGGAAGGAAGUGUACAAGAUGUGUCAUGAAAGGAAGGUACAGCAGGAGAAACGACACACCAUGCUUCAGAGGAUGCCCAUGCAUCCACCUCCCUUCUUUCCGCUUCCCUUUCCCAGACCAGAUGUGAACGAAGCUUCAACCGUGCUUCAACUGUGCUUCAACCGGGCUCCAACCCAGCUUCAACCUGGUCUCAACCUGGCCUCAACGCAACCGAUCCCCACCUGCAUCUGA